GCGAUAACUCCGCGCCACCCGCGCCCCCGCCUUUACACCCGCGCCCUCACGUCAAAAUAAACUAAUUGAUUUACGGAAACAACUUUAUACAGUGCUACUCUCAACUUUCACCAACUCCCUGACUCUUGGAGAUAUGAUUCCGUAGUCUCUAAAUCAACGGAUAUCGAUACCUUACGGUCGUUAUGGGCCCUAUCGUGAGCGGAGCCAGACCCGUUUUAUGGCUAUCUCUUCUGCAUGGAUUCUUUUUCCUCGUCGCUGACUCUGGUACGGAGUCUCCCGAAGGCACAACAACAGACAUGUCUUCGCGACAGUUUCGUGCUGAGUUCCUACACGAGUGGCAAGGGUCUCCGGAUGCGCCAUACUUCGAUCCGGGUACGCCGAAGAAUAUUACUGGACUGGUCGGUCAUCCCGUGAGGCUACUCUGCAGGGUUAAGAACUUGAAGAAUAGGACCGUAUCAUGGGUGAGGCAUCGAGAUAUCCAUUUGCUGACUGUGGGACGAUAUACUUACACGUCGGAUCAGCGGUUCGAGGCGCAACACAAGCCGCGCUCCGAGGAGUGGGCGCUUCGAAUCCGCAGUCCACAGCGACGCGACUCCGGCCAGUACGAGUGUCAGAUCUCGACCACACCACCUAUCGGACAUGCUGUCUUCCUCAAUAUUGUAGAACCUGAGACAAUAAUAUCGAGCGGUCCCGAGCUCUUUAUCCAAGCCGGCUCCACGAUUAACCUGACAUGCACUGUUCGGCACACGCCGGAACCGCCAACUUCCAUAACUUGGACUCACGGAGACCAGGUAAUAAACUUUGAUUCUGCUCGCGGUGGAAUAUCGCUAGUAACUGAAAAGGGACUUAAAAGUACUAGUCGAUUGCUGGUCCAAAGGGCUAGAGGUCAAGAUGCCGGAAUGUACACUUGUGGACCAAACAACGCCCCUUCCUCAUCAACAAGAGUUCACGUUCUGUCCGGCGAACAUCCUGCGGCAAUGCAACAAGGCUCAGCAAGAUCGACCCUAGACAAAACAGCUUCAAUACUAUGCUGCUUAUCAAUGUUAUACGUCCUUUCGAAGCCAACGUUCAACGCUCUCGAAUUCGAGACUUGAGAACAAAGGAACUCAAAGCGAAACAAUAGCGAAAUUGAGGCCAUAAGUUGUUUUUUAUUGUAAUUUAAUCAAGGAAUCAAGCGGUGCUUGAGAAAUAGGUAAUGUUUCUCCGCUGCCGGACUCAACUUUUAAGAAACGAACGAUCGAAGAAUACAUAACUUACGAAUCGAGCCCUUUAAUAUCACAUUAAGGUUUUUUUUUUGUGUAAAAUAUUACGUGACCAAAUUAAAACGACAAAUCAUGUUGGCAUUUUUUCAUUACGUCGUGAAAUAGGAAC